AUGAUCUCCAACGUGAAAAAUGCACCACUUCACCUCCCGGCAGCCGCUCGUCACCACCACCUCCGACCGCCCGUCACUGCCACCUCCGACCACAACCACUCCACAAUCCGGCAAAAUCCGCACCGAAAGCCACCGAACAAAGCCGCCAAGCUAGCCGAAUCCCUCUCCCACAUCGCAACCUACGAUGCACUCGACACCGAACCGACUUCCGAGUACUGCGGUGGCUGCCGAUACAGCCGUCGCAGACUCUUGUCCCAAUUGGGCCUCGACCACUCAGGCUAUGACGUCACCAAGUACAUCUACGCCACGUCAUCGCUCGUCGGGUGGCUCGAGCGGACACCGCGGCCCGUUGACGGCGACUCCAACUGGAUGGGGUUCGUCGCCGUCAGCGGCGAUGAGGAGUCGAGGCGGAUCGGUCGACGUGAUGUGGCCGUAGCGUGGCGCGGCACGGUCGCACCGUCGGAGUGGUACGACAACAUGCAGAGUCGAUUGGAGCCGGUCGGGCGGGGUGACGCCAUGGUCGAGCACGGUUUCCUUAGCAUCUACUCGUCAAAGAGCCGCACAUCGAGAUACAACCGGUUGAGCGCGUCGGAGCAGGCCAUGGUCGAGGUCCAGCGUCUCGUCAACCACUACCGGGCUCUCGGCGAGGAGGUCAGCCUUACCGUCACGGGCCACAGCCUUGGCGGCGCGCUGGCCCAGCUCAACGCCUACGAGGCGGCCGCCAACUUCCCGGGCCUCCCCGUGAGCGUAAUCUCGUUCGCGGCCCCUCGCGUGGGAAACAUCGCUUUCCGAGACGAGUUGUACCAGAUGGGAGUCAAAACCCUACGCCUAACCAUCAGGCAGGAUGUGGUACCGAGGAUGCCCGGGAUCGUGUUCAACGAGGGGCUCCAAAGGUUCGACGAGCUAACGGGCACACUCGAGUGGGUGUACACGCACGCGGGAGUCGAGCUUAGGCUCGACGCCCGGGCCAGCCCGUAUUUGAAGAAGGGGUUGAACCCGAUCGGGUUCCAUAUGCUCGAGACUUACUUGCAUUUAGUGGACGGGUUUAGCGGGUCCGGGUCGGGUUUCCGGGCCGAGGCGAAAAGGGAUGUGGCGCUCGUGAAUAAGGAUUGUGACAUGCUUGUGGACGAGCUUAGGGUGCCGGUGAAAUGGUACCAACCGGAGAAUAAGGGGCUCCGGCGGAACCGACACGGGCGGUGGGUCAAACCGGUAAGAAAACCGGAGGAUGAGCCCGAACCCGAUUGGGAGGAAGAAGGGUCUGUGUACCAAGUUUAUUAA